UUCUGAGAAAUGGUACGCGAUCACACGCAGCAGUCAUGCCUCUGUCGCGCUGUCUUUUCCUGGCGUUAGUCGCGGUGGCAUCGGCGGUUGCUGCUGCACCCGAAAAGUCUACGAAUCAUGUCGCGAAUAGUCAACCAAAGCUCUGGGCUCUUCUCGUGGCUGGUUCUAAUGGUUAUGACAACUACCGGCACCAAGCCGACAUUUGCCACGCCUACCACGUGCUCCACAACCACGGCAUUCCUGACGAGCGCAUCGUGGUCAUGAUGUACGAUGAUAUCGCCAAUGCCACGGAAAACCCGACACCUGGCGUCAUCAUCAAUCAUCCCAACGGAAAGGAUGUUUACCAGGGUGUCCCCAAGGACUACACUGGAGACCUCGUCACCCCACAAAAUUUUCUGAACAUCCUGCAAGGAAAGAAGGUGAAAGGCGGUAGCGGGAAAGUUAUAGCCAGCGGUCCAAACGACCACAUAUUUGUCAACUUCGCGGACCACGGAGCUCCUGGUCUCAUCGCGUUCCCAAACGACCAGCUGCGCGCCCGAUCAUUCAUGAAGGUCAUCAAAAGUAUGUACCAACGAAACAAGUUCGCGAAGAUGGCGAUCUAUAUCGAGGCCUGUGAAUCGGGCUCCAUGUUUGACGGCCUGCUCCCGGACAACGUGAACGUGUACGCCACUACCGCAGCCAAUCCUGACGAGUCUUCUUACGCUUGCUACUAUGACGACCAGAGGCACACCUAUUUGGGCGACCUAUACAGCGUCAAUUGGAUGGAAGACUCGGACAAGGAAGACCUGCUCAAGGAGACACUCAUCGAUCAGUUCGAGAUAGUGAAGGAAGAAACCAACACCAGCCAUGUCAUGGAGUACGGUGACAUGAGCAUCGGAAAGCUUCCGGUCGGUGAAUUCCAGGGUGAAAAGGACGCGAAGCCAAUCGUUCUACCAAAGGUACCAUUUGACGCCGUCUCCAGCCGCGACGUCCCAAUAGCUAUUCUGAGAAAGAAGCUCGCAAAGGCCCAGGAUGCCCAAACAAAGCGGUCCCUGAAGCACAAGCUGCGGCAAGCUAUUCGGAACAGGUCCUUCCUGAAGGAGAAAGUCGCCGAGAUUGCCUCGUUCCUCGCUCGAGGGAACGACGAUAGCGCGGAAUCGGUGCUGACAUUGAAGCGGCGGCUAACCAAUUUUGCCUGUUACGAGCAGGCGGUACGGCACUUCAAUGACCGGUGCUUCAAUCUCUCGAAGAACCCAUACGCACUCGAGCACCUGCGCGUCUUGGUGAACAUGUGUGAGUCGGCAUACAAACUUUCGGAGAUCUUCGAAGCAAUGGACUUGGCGUGCAACCACCCGACCAUUAUAGAUAUCGUGUAAAUACAAGCCUGCGCUAAAACUUAGAAACGCAUUUGUUUUAACGUUACUUUCUUCUGAAUUUGGUACUGAAAAGGCGCAACAAAAGAUGGCAAUAAAUGCUUUUUUGCAAUUGCUCUUCA